AACGAAUCCGCGGGUAAAACAGGUCGCUCACAUGAUUUUAUUUAUUUUUUUUCUUUUUAAGCUAAUUAAUUGUUACAAAAUGAUGACAACCCAAGCCUUGUUUGUCUAUAUAAGCAAAUCCAGUUUCCCAUAGAGCUUGCAUCCUACUCUUCAUGGCUGCUUGAGUUUAUUCAAAACAACUUUACACAAUCCUAAACACCCUUUAGACUUCUAUUCCUCUUUCUUUCUCUCUUGCUCUUGAGGUGAAGAGAGAUGGCUGGUCUAAACGCAGAGAAGGAUGUUAAUCCCAGCAGCCAACCUUCUGCAGAGAAAACACUUGCAGAUUUUGACCCUCAAAAGAAGCCCAAGAGAAACAAGUUUGCUUUUGCUUGUGCAAUCUUGGCUUCCAUGACUUCAAUCUUACUCGGCUAUGAUAUUGGAGUAAUGAGUGGUGCAGCUAUUUACAUCAAGAAAAACCUGCAAAUCUCAGAUACUCAAGUAGAAAUCCUGGCGGGUACACUUAACAUAUACUCACUCGUGGGCUCAGCCGCAGCUGGCCGGACCUCCGACUGGAUAGGCCGUCGGUAUACCAUAGUGAUGGCUGGAGGUAUUUUCUUCGUCGGAGCUCUCCUGAUGGGAUUCGCCACCAACUAUGCCUUCCUCAUGGUUGGCCGGUUCGUGGCCGGUGUCGGGGUAGGCUAUGCACUGAUGAUUGCUCCAGUCUACACAGCCGAGGUCUCUCCAGCAUCCUCUCGUGGGUUCCUCACCUCAUUCCCAGAGGUGUUCAUCAACGCUGGGAUUUUGCUUGGCUACGUCUCCAAUUUUGCAUUCUCCAAGCUCCCAGCUAACUUGUCGUGGAGAUUCAUGCUUGGAAUUGGCGCAAUCCCGUCAGUUUUCCUUGCUAUGAUGGUUCUAGCCAUGCCUGAGUCACCUCGUUGGUUGGUCCUCCAGGGUCGACUCGGUGACGCCAAGCGAGUUCUGGACAAGACCUCUGAUUCCAAAGAAGAAUCUCAAGCAAGACUAGCGGAUAUAAAAGAAGCAGCAGGUAUUCCUCAGGAAUGCAAUGACGACGUCGUUCAAAUGACAAAAAAAUCCCACGGUGAAGGUGUAUGGCGAGAAUUACUACUUCAUCCUACACCGUCGGUUCGUCAUAUCUUAGUUUGCGCAAUCGGCAUCCAUUUCUUCCAGCAAGCGUCAGGAAUAGACGCCGUCGUUUUAUACAGCCCAAGGAUCUUUGAAAAGGCUGGGAUCAAAUCGGACACCGACAAAUUGCUAGCUACCGUAGCCGUUGGAUUCGUGAAAACAAUCUUCAUCUUAGUGGCAACUUUUUUGCUGGACAGAAUCGGACGGCGGCCGUUGCUUCUAAGUAGCGUAGCAGGGAUGGUAUUUUCAUUAGCAACCCUUGGAUUUUCGUUGACCAUCAUAGAUCAUUCGCACGAGAGGCUAACAUGGGCGGUUGCACUGUGCAUAGCUAUGGUAUUAUUGUACGUAGCGACCUUCUCAAUAGGGAUGGGACCCAUAACCUGGGUAUACAGCUCAGAGAUAUUCCCGUUGAGGCUACGCGCGCAGGGAGCGAGUAUGGGAGUGGCAGUAAACAGGGUAACGAGUGGGGUGAUAUCAACGACUUUUAUAUCGUUGUACAAAGGCAUAACAAUAGGUGGGGCGUUUUUCUUAUUCGCGGCAAUAGCAGCGGUGGCAUGGACGUUCUUUUUCACAUGUUUACCCGAGACGCAGGGGAGGACAUUGGAGGAUAUGGAGAUCCUUUUUGGUCAUUUUAUUAAGUGGAGAUCUGCUUUGAAGGAGGCCAAAUUGAAGGAUGCUAAUGCCAAAGCCAAAGCCAAUGCCAAUGGUGCUGAAACUCAAAGUAAAGCUCAAAUUCAGCUGCCCACUUCUUCUGUUGCUAUUACUUCAGCUUAGAUUAAGGGUACUUUUAGUAAAUCGACCUGCUUUGUAAUUUAGAUUUUUCUUUUUCCCUUUGAAAUUUGUAGUUGGGUUGAGGUGGAAAUGGAAAGUUUGUAUGCAGGAAAAGAAAAGUAUAUCAAAAUAUCAAUCAAGAAAACAUAGAUAAUAUUCUGAACAA